GGGAGGAAUAAUAACAACACACUUGAACUCAUGGUUACAUGUACAUGUUCUACAAUGAGCAAGCAACAUUCCAAACAUGGCAGGAGGAAGGGUGGUGUGUCUAGAAGUGAAGACCAAGCUCAAGCAAUGUUGAAAUGGGCUGUGGAUGAUAUGAGGCUCAGUACUGACACUCUACCUAGCUUAGAGGACCUGAACACGUUGCUAAGAGGUAGUACGGGUAACACCUGGGACUACAUCUGUGAACAUGUUCACUCGUCUACCAUUGUGAAUACUGCUCGUCAAAACCUACGCCUUCACUCUGGAGGUGUGUCUACUGAGCAUGCCCAGUUACUAGCUGAGCAGAAUGAACUACAACGAGAGUUAGCCUCACUUCAAGUGGCAGUCUCACAGACACUACAGGAUGCUAACAGACUGGAGGCCGAUAUCGUUGCCGUGGAGACAACCAAUCAGUGUACUCGAGCAGAGAUGGAUGAGCUGUGUAACAAGAGCACCCUCCUCUCCGCCCACUCAGUCAGAUGUGAAGAGGUGGUGCAUGUUUUGAUGGAGUACUGCAAGAGAAUGAGGCACAGAGAGGAAUUGUGCAGGUAUCCAGACAAGGAGCAGUCUUACUUCACUAGAGAGCCCUCCUCAAUAUCCACGACACCUGUUACCUUGGAGACUGCCUGCAUGCGUGAUGUGCGGAGUGUGUGUGGAGUGGUGGAGGAGGUGGUACUAUAUGGAGGAGAGUCUGAUGGUGGGGGGGAGAGACUGAGGGAGCAGGCUUGGAGCAGGGUAGAGGCACUCCUCGCAGCCCACCCCCCUCACGAGAUCCUCGGAGCACUGACUAGACUAACUGCUGAGCUGGCAGAUAAGAUCCACUCCCACACUGAAAGCAUUGAUCUGACUAGGGACGCUCAGGAACUCAGGUACCAGGAGCAACCUGAUGGUGAGGGGAGUGUCCUCCUAUCAGUAGAGGAUCAUCUCAUGUCCGCCCGGCUAGAUCAUGUGACCAAUGCUCUGACAGCCGAGGGUGUGGAUGAGGGGGCGGCACAAGCACAGGGUCAUCUGGAGGAGGUUAAAGGUCAACUAGAGGAGUGUGUGGCGUCUGUGUACAGUGGAGAAGUUAGAGAUCUUGUGAGGACGAAGGUAUUGCUGGAGCUAGAGGUGGCUGGUCUUGAGGGAGGAUGGGCAGUCAUCUCUCAGUUAGUAUCACAGCUCCAGUCCUCCCUGGUAGACAAGAGGCAAGGUCUGGACACACUGGCCAGUAAGAAGAAGAGAGUCGGGCUACUAGCUAACAAUGCUGAGAGCAACCAGGCGAGUAUUCAGGGGCUGGUGAAACAUAACUCUCGGCUCCACGGGCGACUCACACAUCUGGCCACUGAGUUGAACCUGUACUUGCGUGACAGUGUGUGUGGUGUGGAGAGUGUGCUAGUGGGAGGGGCCAGGGAUCUGAUGAACAGUAUUGCCACGGAAACCCGUCUCUUCUCGACCGUGUGUCUGACUAGAGCAAUGAAGGCUCCAGGAAUAAGCGUCCCUUGGUGUCAUCUGUCCAUCCGAUGUUUCCACCCUCAUCAGCCGUCUGGCCACGCCUCUUGGAAGCCCCUCCUCCCUCUACUGGGACUGUCCCCAACCACAUCUCCUGAGAAUGCUCUAUCAGAGUUAGUAGCCUGCCUGAGAAGAGUGGCGCUACUAGCCAGUGAGACAGACCAACUGAGAGGGGUCGUGUUUGGAAUGAAGGCUGUCAAGGAAAGCACCACCCAAGUGUGUGUAGGUGUGCUGGAGUCAUGUGAGCGUUAUGACGAGCAGUUACGUGGCGAGGGGUUGUGUGCAGUGAGGCAGUGCUUGUCUCAUGCCUCCCACGGCCUCUCCCGAUGCUCUCAUGUGGAACAGACCAUGAAGGAAUGGUGGGAGCAGCCUGCCCAGUAUUGUGUUCCCUGGGUUACCUGUGACGGAAUGUCAUGUGAUAAGUGGAUUGACCAAUGGAGGGUCCUCACAACCAAACUAAGACAACUGACAUCAUCGCAAACUAUGUCCUAAUAAUAAUAAUAUUACUAAUCUUGUGAUCUUAGAAACUUCCUCAUCCUGUGUGUAAAUAUUUUAUUAUUGUCAGAGUACAGUUUAUUGGCAAUUAUUACCACAGCUUGCAUCAUUUAAUUUUAAUCUUUAAAAUUUCACUAUAAUCAACAUGUUAUUGUCAGCCUAUGAUUAUGCUGUACGUACGUACCAAUAGCUGCACCGGUAUUUGUCAUGGUGAUAUACAUGUAUGCCUCUGGAAUUUUCCAGCUGAUAUGUUUAUCACUGA